UUGCAAAUCUAAAAUCUGGAAAAGUUUUGAUAUAAAUCUAGUAAUGCUUGAAUAAAACUUAUCUAAGAUUAGUUUGUUUAAAGUUUAAACCGUCUCAAUCGCUAGAAUGGCCUUGAUAAUUUUUUAUACAUUCUGAGUAGAUAUUAUUUUAAAAUAUAGUUUACUGCUUAUAUGUGUUGUCACAUAUAUAGUAGUGUAAAUUUAUGCAUAAAAUAGACAUUAAAAUAUCGGAGACAUAAAAGUCUUUUAAAAAUACGAUGGAUGUUCCUUCUCGCGUCUUCUUAUAUAUUUGCAACAUUUAUCUCGGCGCGAGAUUAAUUGCGGUGUAAUUAUGAAGAUUAGAUAGUGCUAAGAUUGUAUUCAUAAACUACUUCAGUGUCUACUGUGUAGAGCCGAGAAUUAACGCUAAGAUGUCUUCCCACCUGCAACCUGGCGAUGAACAAGACUUGGCAGGUGAAUACACCACUAUUGGUACGAAGGAUGAAGGGGUAGAAACUUGGCGCAUACUCACAAGCGAGCUGGUGGCAACCGCGAUGCUGGUAUUCCUGUCCUGCCUGCCAGCGUGUGGUGAAUCCUCACCGCUGCUGACCCGCGCAGUUGCUGCAGGCCUUACCGUGGCGCUUCUCGUUCAGUGCUUCGACCAUGUAUCGGGGGCGCACAUGAAUCCUGCCAUCACGCUGGCGGCAGUGUUGAGUGGACGUGUUAGUAUGGCGCGUGGUGUAGGAAUGAUGGUAGCUCAAGCAAUUGGUGCGAUAUCUGGCGCAUUAGCGGCAGUGAUGUUAAACAAUCGCAAAUCCUCUUACUGUGUUACGAUGCCAAAUGGAGUAGUAUGGCGUGCAGCGGCUGUAGAAGCAGUAUGUACUUGCUGUCUGACUCUGGCCAACCUGAGCGCCUGGGACAUCCGUAACCGACGUUGGCACGACUCGUGGCCAUUACGUGUUGGCCUUGCUGUUUCGGCGUUAACACUUGCCGCGGGUGAAAUAUCUGGGGCCAGCUUCAACCCGCUCCGGAGCUUCGCGCCCGCUCUGCUCUCUGCCCACUGGGACCAUCAUUGGGUUUAUUGGGUUGGACCGCUAGGUGGAGCGUCGGGCGCUACGGCCCUUUAUGUUGCCUUAUGGCGGCUUCACUGACUACACAGGGUAUGUUCAUGUUCUUGGUUUGACAUUGACUGAAAACUCUAAAAUUGUUUUUUUUUUUAUAUGGAGUUGUGCAUCAAAAUCGAUCGAUAAUAACGUAUGUAAGUUUAUAGCUAUUGUUUUAUUG